GCUGUCCGCCUCUCAAGUGAACGAACGCUCAGGGGCACGUAACGUUUUGAAAACGGUGCCAGCCGCUUACCACACAGGGGUUGAUUUGCCACACAGUGCCGAAUUCUCCGGGGCUCCAUGCACAUUGUGUUGUGUCAGAUUAAAAUGUCCGGAUGACUGCAAAGCGCUCCCUGGUUUGAGACCACAUCACAGGACGCGGCUCUUCAAGCGUCUUCAAAUUUAUGGGAUAAAAGCAGCCAUCAUGUCAGGAAAGUCAGAUGGGAAAAAUAAGUGGGCGGCUGUCAGGGGUCGCCUUGGCUCCUCGCAGGACUCUGAUACCCAGCAGGAGGCCAACCUGGAGAGUGCUGACCCAGAGCUGUGCAUCAGACUGCUGCAAAUUCCCACUGUGGUCAACUACUCGGGGCUGAAGCGUCGCCUGGAGGGCAGUGACCAGAUAUGGAUGGUCCAGUUCCUGGAGCUGAGUGGGUUGGAUCUUCUCCUGGAGGCCCUGGACCGACUUUCGGGGCGGGGAUGCUCUCGCAUUGCCGAUGCCCUUCUGCAGCUCACGUGUGUCAGCUGCGUCAGGGCUGUCAUGAACUCCUCUGCCGGGAUCCACUUCAUUAUAGACAACGAGGGAUACAUUCGGAAACUCUCACAAGCUUUGGACACUUCCAACACCAUGGUGAAGAAGCAGGUGUUUGAGCUUCUUGCCGCACUCAGCGUGUUCUCUGCAGACGGACAUCGGCUGGCACUGGAUGCCCUGGAACACUACAAGGGAGUGAAGACGCAGCAGUAUCGCUUCAGUGUGAUCAUGAAUGAGCUGCAGGCCACAGAUAACGUCCCGUACAUGGUUACACUCCUCAGUGUCAUCAACGCCCUCAUCUUCGGGAGAGAUGACCUCAGGCAGAGAGAUAAGAUGAGAAAGCAGUUCAUUGGGCUCCAGUUACUUGAUAUUCUGCCAAAGUUAAGGGAGCAGGAGGAUGAAGACUUGAUUAUUCAAUGUGAGGCUUUUGAAGAGGCAAUGGCUGAAGAUGAGGAAGAGCUGCUGCGGGUUUAUGGUGGCAUUGACAUGAGUGAUCACCUGGAGGUUUUCACUACGCUCUUUAACAAGGUCAGCAGCUCUCCAGCCUCCCUCCAGCUGCUGUCCAUCCUGCAGACGUUGUUGGUGUUGGGGCCGAACCGCUCCGAUAUCUGGCUGGCUCUGGAGGCCAUCACUAACCGAGCCAUACUGCUGGCCCAGGACUCUAAGAUGGAGUCCUGUGAGAAGAUCAUGCAGCGGCUGAUGUUCUCCAAAGGCAGGAGCUGUGAAGGUCAUCAUGACGUGGACGGGCAUCUUGUGAAAGUGCAUAAGUCCAUGCAGACUGAUCUUCAGGAUGAAGAGAAGUUGGACAAAAGCAUCACAUCCUCUCAGAAGCCACUGUGUGCAGCUCCUCCUCCUCCUCCUCCUCCUCCACCCCCACCCCCUGGUAUGAUGGGGCUCCAACCUUCUAACCAGUGCCCACCUCCGCCCCCCCCACCACCUCUUCCUCCUCCACUUGGAGGGUUUGGUGGACCCCCACCACCUCCCCCCUUGCCCGGAAUACCACCACCACUGCCCGGCGGUCAAGGCAUGCCACCCCCACCACCUCCGCCACCUCUAUCAGGGAUGGGUGGUGCACCACCGCCACCACCUCCCUUACCUGGCAUGCCAGCUCCACCUCCUCCUCCCCCAGGCAUGAUGGAGGCUUUGAGUAGCCAGGCUCUUGGGUGCGCUGCACCCUCAAAGGUAAACCGAUGCCCGACCCUGAGGAUGAAAAAGCUCAACUGGCAGAAACUCCGCGCUGUUACUGAUGGUCACUCCAUGUGGGCCUCGGUUCAGAAAGAGCCUCCUUCCCGGGAGCCGGACUACAGCAGUAUCGAGCAGCUGUUCUGUCUCCCGGUGACCGAGCACAAAGACAAGGGGGCAGCUGCUCCUGUCAAGAAGGAGCCUAAAGAGAUAACAUUCAUUGAUCCAAAGAAAAACUUGAAUUUGAACAUAUUCCUGAAGCAGUUCAAAUGCAAAAAUGAGGACUUUGUAGCCAUGAUUCAGAAUGGGGACCGUACUAGGUUUGACGUAGAGGUGCUAAAGCAGCUCAUUAAGCUCCUACCAGAGAAGCAUGAGAUUGAAAAUUUGAAGUCCUUCCAAGGAGAAAAAGACAAGUUGGCAAAUGUUGAUCGUUUCUACACCUCCCUUCUCACUGUGCCAUGGUAACCUCUCUAUUGUGGUGUUUUUUUACUCCAGGUCUGUUUUUUCCCUGUUAAUUAUGUGUAUACUUUAUACUCUCAUACCUGCUUCCUUAUUUGCUUUGUGGCUCU